AAGGAGAAGAAGACGCGUUUCCGUGUGCUGCCGUCUGAAACGGCGGGUGAAAAUGGCGGCGUCUGCUGAUGAACGUUGGCCCAAGGAAUUACCAAACCACCACAUUUUCACCAAACUACGGGAGCAGCUGGAGUCCGAGGCCGGCGCGGCGGAUGGCAAGACAGCGAAAAAUCUGAUUUUUUGUUUGAACGCGGACUUUUUCGUGUGGGACGACGCCGACCGCGUGUUUUACACCACCAACCUGCGGCAGGUGAGCCCGGAGCGGAGCCACCAGACCCUGCUGUGCACCAACCCGCCGCGCGCACAGGUGAGCCAGGUGCUGCUCAGCCCCGCGGAGAACCACGUGGCUCUGCUGGGCACGCGGGGCGCCACGGUGCUGGAGCUGCCGCAGCGCUGGGGCAAGAGGUCCGAGUUCGAGGGGGGGCGCAGCCGGAUCAACUGUAAGACCAUCCCGGUGGCCGAGCGCUUCUUCAGCAGCUCGCCCUCCGUCAGCCUGCGGCAGGCGGCCUGGUACCCCAGCGAGACCGAGGAGCCGCACCUGGUCCUGCUCACCUCCGACAACACCAUCCGGUUCUAUGACCUGAAGUCUCCGCAGACCCCGGUCAGAGUGCUGUCGGUGUCCCAGGCCGAGGAGGACAGCAGCGUCCGGCCCCCGGUGCGCUCCUACGCCGCCUCGCUCGGGGAGAUCGCCGUGGCGUUCGACUUCGGGCCGGUGUCAUCCAUCCCCCGGCCGCUGGCAGCCCGCUCCUCCAAGGAGCAGCUGCUCUACCCUCUGUACAUCCUCUACGAGAACGGGGAGACCUACCUGAGCUACACCAGCCUGGCAGGCACUUUGACUCUCAGCAGACUGGUCGGACCCCUCCCCAUGUACCCCGCAGCGGAGGACAACUAUGGCUAUGAUGCUUGUGCUAUCCUCUGCCUGCCCUGUGUGCCCAACAUCCUGGUCAUCGCCACAGAAACGGGCAUGCUGUAUCACUGUGUGGUUCUGGAGUCAGACGAAGAGGAGGAGGCCGGGCCGGAGGAGAAGUGGAUCCAGGGCUCGGAGCCGGUGCCGUCACUCUAUGUGUUUGAGUGUGUGGAGCUGGAGCUCACCCUCAAAGUGGCCACGGGAGAGGACGAGGAGCCCCAGGAGCUGGAUUUCACCUGCCCAAUCAGACUGCACAGAGACCCCCUGUGCCAGCACAGGUACCAUUGCAUCCAUGAAGCAGGGAUACACAGCGUGGGGCUAACCUGGUUCAACAAGCUGCACAACUUCCUCCAGUCUGACGAGGAGGAUAAAGACUGUCUGCAGGAGCUGGCGGCUGAGAACCGCUGCAUUGUGGAGCACAUUCUGUGUACUAGACCGCUCCUCAACAGUCAGCCGGCUCCGGUACGUGGCUUCCUGAUUGUUUCGGACCUUUCUCUGGGCACCACCAUGAUCUGCAUCACGAGCACCUUCGAGUGCAUCCUCUUGCCGCUGCUGAGCUCCAUCCGGCCCCCCUCCCCUCCCCUGCUCUGUUCCCGUCCCGGUGCGAGCUCCGUCAGCUCGCCGCUGCGUGCGCUGGCCGACGACUCCUUUGAGCAGCACAUCCGAAACAUCCUGGCACGCAGCUCCACCAAUCCCCUCGUGCUCAGAGCGGGCAACAAAGACGCAUCAAUACCGCUUCCAGAGUGCCUGCAGCUCCUCAGCAGAGCCACGCAGGUCUUCAGAGAGGAAUAUAUCCUCAAACAGGACAUGGCCCAUGAGGAGAUGCAGAGACGGGUGAAACUGCUGGUGGGCCAGAAGAACAAGCAGCUGGAGGAGUUGGCUCUGUGCAGGGAGGAGAGGAAGAGUCUGAGGGAGGCAGCGGAGAGGCUGGCGGAUAAGUAUGAAGACGCCAAGUACCGCCAGGAAGCCAUCAUGAACAGGGUGAAAAAAGUGCUGGGCAGCCUGCGGAGCCAGCUGCCUGUGCUCACAGACAGCGAGAAGGACAUGAAGAAGGAGCUGCAGACCAUCAAUGACCAGCUGAGACACCUGGACAACGGUAUCAGACAGGUGAAUAUGAAGAUGGAGUACCAGAAGAAACAGGUGGACAAGAGCGGGCCCCCGGCCAGGGCAACAGUCUCACUCAACGCCCACCAGAAGAAGUGUGUUCAGGGUGUCCUGAAAGAGCACGGAGAUGAAAUCGCUGACAUGAUGAAACAGAUCAAGGACAUAAAGAACCACAUCAGCUUCUAAUGCACUGCACGGACAUUACCGAAGGCCUCGGCCUCUCAAAAACUGGGGACAGAACUCUGAGCAGCUCUUUUGGAUGUGAUCAGUGAUUAAAUAUGCCCUCAUCUGACAGUGAACUCAGAUUAAUUUUUUGGGAAGUCAGUUCUGUAGUCAGAAAAAAAAGAAUGUGGAAUGUGUGGUUCACAUGAUUUAUUUUUCAUACACAUGGAUACAUCUCUUGUUGAUACUAAAUAUGUCGUGUUUAUGUCUGAGGGAUAAAAUAAACUUCCACACAGUUUGUGCAUGA